AUGGCAUCAACUACUACUCCCGAGGCUGAUGUUGCUGAUUUCGAGCUCAUCAACAAUAUUAUGGUUGAUUAUUUCAGUAUAUCCCAGCAAAACUACUCUGUUAGGCCAAUGGAAAAGGCAAAGCACAACAAGGUUUACCUUGUUGAGCUCGACUCUCCCACACCUAUCGAGCUAGCUGCAACUAAUAGUAUGCCUCUCACUCACACUGUUCCCCGGGGGACCACACGUGUUGUGGUUCGCAUGCCAAAGGCCAAUGUCAGUUUGGAAGACCCGGUCCGAGUCCGGAAUCAGGUCGUCUUCCUCCACCUAGCUCGGCAGGCUCUCUGCGCAGCACAACUUGAUCAAACUUCCUUGGCUCCCCUUGUAUUCGCCUGGAGUGACAACGAUCCCGACAAGAGAUGGAUCGUGGAAGAGUUCAAACAAGGAGAGCACAUUACAUCAGCUGAGCUUGCCGAUUUCACCCCGGAGCAACAGCAUAUCGUCUUCCGUCAAAUUGCCGAAUUCACAAAGGCUUUGCAAGAUUUUACGCUGCCGGACGAGGUGAUAUAUGGCGGUCUUACCUGCGAUGAUCAGGGCCACAUUUUCAGCACGAAGCCAUCCAUCCCCUGUGGUGGCCCUUUCGAAACCUUUGCUGGCUUCCUCAAAGGCAUGUGUACCUGGCAACGGCAGGCCAGUGAGCGUAGUACACACUUGAAUGGCUGGAAAGAUGACGAUGAUCUCAAAGCCCGAUUGGAUCGAUUUUUCGCCCGUGGCCUGGACGACGUGCUGCAAACCGUGCAAGAAGAUCGACCAACUUUAAUUCAUGCUGAUCUAGGAUUGAGCAAUUUGCUAUUCGACCGCGAAACGAAUGUUCUGAUGGCAGUCGUCGACUUUGACUUUUCUCACGUCGGCGCGCCCAUUUCAGAAUACCUCUUUUCAUUCUACGACAUGAACGGGCUCCUCGCAGGCAGCGGUGAGACUGCGCGUUUCUUUCGGCAAUUUCUACUUUGCGGAUUUCCCGAAGCGGACGACGUCAGCGAUUCGACGGAUCUCAAGAUGGCCAGGGCCCUGGACGCGGCUCUGCAGCAAGUAGACGCCAAAAAGCCCAGCAACCAGCACUCGGCGGGCACGGCGGCGGAUGUGUGGUGGUUCUCUCAGGAGCUCUGCCAGGCGUACUGGCUCAUGGAUGGGUUUUUGAGGCAUAGAACGCCAGCGCAACUGGCGGAGAUGAAGGACGAAAGUGCGGACGCUCUAAGGUUUUACUUGGAUUUAUGGGGAUAUUAA